AGUUUUCAAUAUCUUAAUCUAUACUCACAAUGGCCCCCUCAGCCACCGAACCCAGCACCAAUGCCCUGGACUUCCAGGGCGGCUUCGUCCAGAUCAUCAACGGCAAAAGUGCACCCACGGCAACAACCCGCCAUGGCAUCAACCCCGCAACUCUCAAGGCAAAGGCUGAAGUCCCUCUAGCCACCAAGGAGGACCUUGACAAUGCAGUUGCUGCCGGAAAGGCGGCCUUCAAGACGUGGUCCAAGGUCCCUUAUGAGGAGCGCAAAGCCGCCGUGCUGGCGUUUGCAGAUGCUCUUGAAAAGCAACAUGCUGAGUUCCGUGAUCUUCUGAUUUCAGAACAAGGAAAGCCUAUCCCCCAGGCAGAUGGCGAAACCACGGCGGCUGUUGCGUGGCUUAGGGGAAUGGCCAACAUCAAUAUCCCCGAAGAUGUCAUUGAGGACGACGAGAGGCACACUGUCAUCACAAGAUACGUGCCUCUAGGUGUCGUAGCGGCCAUCAUCCCCUGGAACUUCCCCGUCCUGCUGACAACCUCAAAGAUGGCCCCUGCUCUGCUCACAGGAAACGUCAUCAUCGUCAAGCCAUCACCUUUCACACCUUACUGUGGCCUGAAGAUCGUUGAGCUGGCACAGCAGUUCUUCCCUCCUGGUGUUGUCCAGUCUCUCAGCGGAGAUGACAACCUUGGCCCGUGGCUUACAAGCCACCCCGGCAUCGACAAGAUUAGCUUUACAGGUUCAACACAGACCGGAAAGCUGGUUAUGCAGAGUGCAUCCAAGACUCUGAAGAGAGUGACCCUUGAGCUAGGCGGAAAUGACCCAGCCAUCGUCUUCCCAGAUGUAGAUGUUGACAAGGUCGCCGAAAAGGUUGCCCUCUACUCUUUCAUGAACUCUGGACAGGUCUGCUUGAACCUGAAGCGCAUCUACGUCCACGAGUCCAUCUACGAGCAGUUCCGAGACGCCAUGGUCAAGCACAUCAAGGCAUACACUCUCGGCAACGGUGCUGAGGCUGGCGUCACCCACGGCCCUCUCCAAAACUCGAUGCAGUAUGAUCGUGUCAAGACCUUCUUCGAUGAUAUCGAGAAGCAGGGCUGGAAGGUCGCCGUCGGUGGCAAGAUUGAGCCUGCCACCAACGGAUACUACAUCGCCCCUACAGUCAUUGACCGACCCCCCGAGAACUCCCGAAUUGUCGUCGAGGAGCCUUUCGGUCCCAUCGUCCCUCUCCUCUCAUGGAGCACUGAAGAAGAAGUCAUUGCCCGUGCCAACAACACAACCAUGGGUCUCGGCGCCUCAAUCUGGUCCAACGACAUCGAAAAGGCCGCCAAAAUUGGCCGCGAGAUGGAAGCCGGCACUGUCUGGAUCAACACACACUUUGAGAUCAACCCCAAUGUGCCCUUUGGCGGCCACAAGGAGAGUGGCAUCGGCGCCGAGUGGGGAAUCAACGGAAUCAAGAGCUUCUGCAACGUCCAGUCCAUGUAUGUAAACAAGCACGUCGUGAGCUAGAGGUUAUAUAGACAAGCAAGCCUUGAUGAAUGAUAAACAUAGAAUGAAAAUAAAGACAUCUUUGUUUACGU